AUGACACAUCCACCCAUACAGUGCCAGCUACCAUGCGCAGGGAAACGGGACCGGGACCAUGACCAUAACCAUCCUGCCGCCAGCCACCGUCGGGGUUUAUUUAUAAAACAGCUCCCCUGCUGCCGUUCGCUGGCCUGGUGCUUUGUAGCACUGCUGUGGUUCACUGCUUUAAGCUCUGUAUCUGCCGCCCCUGGAUGUCGUCCGUCAGUAAAUGUGCUGCCCUUCAAGGACGACGUUGACGACUAUAACAAAAUCGACUGCGUUUCUGUUUUGAGAAGUACGGUUUGGGCAACCAGCACGACAACUAUUACUCUUCUUUUUCCUUCUGCUUCUUCUUCUGCUUCUGCUUCUUCUUUUUCUGCCGCUACUUCCACUCCCGCGGCCGAUUAUCCUGUCAUUUCGCAGACAUCUGAGAGUACAACCCCGCGCCCCUACGAAGGCUCGUGUCGGGUUCGUCCCACUCGGCCCACUCACAAACCUCCCAGCCCUAGUUCGCCAAUUCCCAGUUUGCCCAGCGUAUAUCCAACCAGGCCGAGCCCCCCCAGUCCCAGCCCAUCACAUAACAUGUCGAGUCCUGACGGCUAUAAGUCUAUUGUGUACUACGUCAAUUGGGCCAUCUACGCCCGUAAUUACAACCCACAGGAUCUGCCAGUGAAAAAGCUGACCCAUGUUCUGUAUGCGUUCGCGAAUGUUCGCGCAGAAAGUGGAGAAGUUUUUCUGACCGAUACCUGGGCGGAUACCGACAAGCAUUUUCCAACUGAUUCGUGGAGUGAGACUGGAAACAAUGUCUACGGUUGUGUUAAGCAGCUUUUCCUGCUCAAAAAGCAGAAUAGACACCUGAAGGUCCUGCUUUCCAUUGGUGGAUGGACAUAUUCUCCCCAUUUUGGUGCUGCCGUGAGCACACCAGCCGCCAGAACUAAAUUUGCUGAAUCUGCCACGCAGUUGCUGCUUAACUUGGGAUUUGAUGGACUUGACGUUGACUGGGAAUAUCCCAAAGAUGAUGAGGAAGCAAAAAACCUUGUCGAGCUCCUUAAAACAACCAGAGAGGUGCUCGAUCGUGCAGGUGGCAAAGAUCGCAGAUUCCUUCUAACUGUAGCUUGCCCGGCAGGUCGCCAAAAUUUCGAGAAGCUCCGCCUCGCGGAAAUGACCCCCUAUCUAGACUUCUAUAAUUUAAUGGCAUACGACUACUCCGGAAGCUGGGAUACGAUAGCAGGCCAUCAAUCAAAUAUUGAGCCCUCAAAAUCCAAUCCAAAGUCAACUCCUUUCUCCACCAAGGAAGCUGUGGAUUAUUACCUUGGCGUCGGCAAUGUGCCACCCUCCAAACUUAUUUUGGGCAUGCCAUUAUAUGGGCGCACUUUCGCCGACACUGACGGCCCCGGAACUCCCUUCCAUGGAGAUGGUGGCCAGGGCAGCUUUGAGAAAGGGAUUUGGGAUUACAAAUCCCUGCCCAAGGUGGGAGCCGUGGAGUACAUAGAUAGCCUUGAAAAAGGUGGUUGCGGUGCAUCAUGGAGCUAUGAUUCAUCCUCUCGCACAAUGAUUUCGUAUGACAAUGUGGCGAUGGUGGAGGAGAAGACAAAAUAUAUUAUUCAAAAGGGCCUUGGUGGUGGUAUGUGGUGGGAGUCGAGUGGUGACAGAGACCCCCGCAAUGGAGACAAAGCCAAUGGCAGUCUUAUUGGCACCUUUGUUGAAGGGGUUGGGGGAAAGUUGGAGACGUCGGAGAAUGCGCUGAGCUAUCCGGAGAGUAAGUAUGACAACCUGAGGGCCGGGUUUCCCAAUGGUACGACACAACACUAG